AUGAAAGAAAUUGAAUAUGAUACAAGUUCUAUUUUUUACUUGGAGAUCGAUGUAGCAGCCGUAAUACUCGACUUGUCUGAUGGCUCAAAAAUGAUUUAUGAUGCACUCGAUGGUAAACUGACAAAACGAAGCGUAGAAGCACUAAUCCAAGAUCGAUACUCAUUGCGAUGCUGUCCACAGUUUCUUGGUCCAAUGCUUGAAACUCUACAUGACAUUGCUCGUAUACUUGAAAUUGAAAUGAAUUCUGCCAAUGACAAUCCACUAAUUGAUGUCGAUACCCGCAAAGUUUACUGUGGUGGCAAUUUCCUCGGUGAACAUGUGGCCAUAGCUAUGGAUCGACUUCGACAAACUGUUGGUCUUCUGGCGAAACACUUAGAUGUGCAAAUUGCUCAAAUGGUAACUCCUGAAUUCAAUAACGGUUUGCCCAGUUGUCUUAUUGGCAAUCGUGCCCGAGAAGUGAAUAUUGGUGUCAAAGCUCUACAACUCACCGGCAAUUCUGUUAUGCCCUAUUUACUUUUUCUUGGUACACCGAUGGCUGAUAAAUUUCCAACACAUGCUGAACAAUACAAUCAAAAUAUUAACUCAAUGGGUCAUAUGUCUGCAUGUCUUGCUCGAAAAUCUAUUUCCGGUUUAAGUCAACACAUAAGCAUAUGUCUUCUAAUUUGUGUCCAAGCACUUGAUUUACGAGCCAACUUGAUUGAUGAAGAAGGCGGUUAUGAUGCUCGCCUAUUGGUUUCAAGCAAGACUCGACCAGUGUACGAAGCGAUUAGAUCAGUCAUUAGUGUACCUAUUAGCAAAGAGCGCCCGUACAUUUGGGAUGAUGGCGAACAUGCACUGGACCAACAAAUUGCUUGUGUCAAUGCAGCUCUCACCACGGAUGAAAAUGGAGUUCUCUUCAAAGCACUGAAACCUACUAUUGACGGGCUCCGUUCCAAACGCUACUCACACUAA